AUGAUUGAAGGUAUUGUAUGAUUUAUCAUAGAAUAUUUAUGAAUUGGCUAUUCCAUUUUAAUAAUCCCCCCCCCCCCGCGCGUCGAGGAUACAUGUUUUUCAUAGAACUUUACAGUAUAACCUUGAAGAAUUCCAAGUACAAAACCUUUUACCCCUGAACCUGUAUGGAAUGACACUUUUUUGUGCACUGCACAUUUGACAAAAUGAAAAUGUGCACCAAAAUACUAGUAAAUAUAUUAGCAGGAGCAACGUUGUGCACGACACAUGUGCUGUGCACACCACCUUCAUUCCAUACGCCACCCUGAAGAAUUUCAAACUCAAAUACCCUUUACUUCUGAAGAAUUACAAGCCCUGAAGCAGGGUUCCCAAUUCUGAUUGGAUUUCUCCAUUUUCGCCCGCCAUAGAUUUUACGCCAAGAAAAUUACAACUUUAGAAAACCCGCCAAAAGCACAAAAUUUCUUAAACACACACAGUCCGCCAGCCCGCCAAUCUGCUGCAUUUUAAUUUUUUUCGCCAAAAACUCCUUUGUGUCACGCCAAGUGGCUAUGCUUUCCUCCAAAGAUCUGAGAAUCCAAUCAGGUUCCCAAUACAAUUUGGGGUAGAAGGCUUUGUGAAAGAAGUAGGUGAAUUAUAUGGGUACCAAAAGGCAAAGUACCACUGACUCGUGCUGUACACGUCUCUCUGUAAAAAUUGGGAACCUUGCCUGAAGAAUCUCAAAACCCUUUACCCUAUUAAAAUACUGUACCCUUGAAGAAUUGGAAUUCCAUUUCCAUUAACCCCUGUUAUAGAAUUCCAGUGAUCCUUGACAGGGAGAGAGGGGGGGAGGGGUACGGAUAUUAAAUUGGAAUACAUGUAGCCCAAUGUUGUUUUUUUUGUGAAAAAUGUUACAAUUUUGUACUCACUAAUUUGGCCUUGAUAGUACUUACAAGAACUCAAUAUAACUACCGUAAUGGCACUUGUAGAAGGGAUAUUGUAGAUUAAAAUUAUUGAGUGGAAAUUUAUACAUUUAUACAUUCGAAAAAUACAACUUUACAAUCCUGUGUUCCGUUGCCAGCAACAUUGCAAUAUUGUCACCCAAUAUUGCAAUAUUGAUCGGCUGAUUGCUCUAGCAAAUCGCAACCUAUGUGAACAAAUUGCAAUUCUUACAUGUUGACAAUUUGUCGAGAGGUCGCGCCCAAAUGUCAAUGCCAAGCAUUUGAUUGGCUUGUUUUGUACUAGUAGCCAAUCAGGCUUUAUUUCUUUAUGAACUUUUGAAUUUUGCAGUUGACGGUUUAGUACUGUAAUUACUGUAUGUAAAAAUUGCAAUUUGUUUGCGUUGGUUGCAAUUUGCUAAGCAAUCAGUUGAUCAAUAUUGAGCAAUAUGGCAUGACAAUAUUGCAAUGUUGCCCGCAAUGGAACACCGGAUUUGACUGUAAGUCCAUGGCAGCUAGGAAUCAAAUCUGUGGUCCUGCGAUUCCGGUGCAGCACUCGAACCAACUGAGCUACAGAGGCCAGUUGUCGAGCUUUAAUCACAAGUUCAUGUAUAUACAGGAUACUGCCAUUUAAGGUUACAGUAUGUGUAAAUAUCAAGAUUUUGUUCCAAUCUCACUUGUUUGAAUUGUAGUUGAAGGUUAAUGGUGAGUGAGAUGCCAACAAAAUCUUGAUAACUACUGCCCUUAUACCAGUGUGGAAAGUUUGUAUCGCAUUGGGCCUAAACGGCUGUGUAUCCAGUUUCAUAUUGCGAAAAAAUUAGGGUCAGUAGGUCGGAAAUAAAUUUUUGAAUAUUUUUUUCAUGGUCUUUUCAAUAAUUAGUGUGACAACAGACCCAUUUUGGCAGCAGCCCGCUGCAACAACCUGGAGAAAAUAGGGUCGCACUGUCAAUCGUGUUGAAAAAAUAAUAGGGUCGGCAGAAAAAAAUAGUGUCAGUCGGGAACCGGAACCACAAGACGGUAUUUUUUUUUAGGCCUUGCGGAGAUAUUGGCCAUGCAAUUUUGAUGCUUUCUGUAUAUUUACUAUUAAACCUUUAAGCAGUGCACCCUACUUUAUUAUUUUACUCUGUCUAAUGCCAGAUGAUUUUACUUGUCAGGUAGAGAGUGCUGACACUCAAUGGGUUAAAUUUUCAAAACCUCUGGCGCCCAAUUUCCAAACUUUCCAGUCAGCUGGCCCUACGAUUCCAGUGCCGCACUUUAACCAACUGACUCUAACUGCAAGUUCAUAGAGAAGUUACUAUAGAGCUUGACAACUGGUUGGUUUGAUUCAUCACAGACUGGAAAAUUUGCAGUGCACACAGAAGAUCUUCCAUGCGCAUGCAAAAAUUCAUGUGCACAAGUCAGACGGCAGUGUGGGGCUCGCUUUUCAACGAGAUCUCUGGCAGGGGCGCCGGAAGGACUGAAAAGCGGCGGGGGCAGAAUGUCAAAAAGGGCACUCAAGUGCCGAAGGCACGACACCUCGUAGGCGUGUCCAAGGGCAUCCUCCCCCAGGAAAUUAUUAAACAGUAGAGUCUCUGAAAUGCCAUUUCGUGUAUUUUGGGGAGAGAUUUGACAUAAUUUUGAGUAUUAAUAAACAACAAACAGUGAACAUUUUAAGUGUAUUCGUGAAAUAUUUUGGUAGUUGGUGAAGUCUGACAGAUUGCAGCCAAAUAUUUCUACAUAUUGUACACUAGAUUAGAUUUUUAAUUAUGAAUAAAUUGAGUAGAUCAUAACAUGUAGGUCACGAACAUUGUGCAAGGCAAAACAGAAAAGUGCAAAAUAUUGUUACAAGCAAUAAGGAGUAAAUAAACUUGCUGUUUUAACUAAAAUACAUAAUUAUUCUUUCGACGCAAGAAAGAAAAUAUGAAACGAAAACAUUCGACGAAAAUUUUGCCAAGAAAGUUCGAACCUGCAUGCCGUUUAAUAUGCCGUUCCCGGAAACGUGAAGCUUAAUCUCCCUAAUAACAAGAAGUAACGCAAAUACAGUUCACUGAAGGGUUUGAAUCCGGGGUUUUCCAUUAAUUUAGUUUAUUGUACGAUCAUCCAGAUUAAAUUUUAAUUAUUUCUGACGUUUCGGCUACCUACACGGCAGCCAUUAUCAAAGCCGUAUUACAGUUACAAAAAAAUUUACAGUUAAUCAUAACUGUAAAUUUUUUUGUAACUACGUAAUACGUCUUUGAUAAUGGCUGCCGUGUAGGUAGCCGAAACGUCAGAAAUAAUUAAAAUUUAAUCUGGAUGAUCGUACAAUAAACUAAAUUAAUGCAAAUACAGUUGAUGAAAAUAUACUCGCACAGUAAACUAAAGUGAUAGAUAAUAAAGGAAUAAUAAACCGAUAAUUCCUCAUGUCGACAAAAACUUAAACUUGUAACACUGUACUUUAAAGAAACCGAUAACUCCAAUUUGUAAUCCUUGCUUCCUUGCUUUCGUAUGCCGAUGUAUAUCUCAACCAAAAACCGAGUCAAUUAGCCUUUCACACGAAGGCCAAAUUCGCCAUUUUGGGGGGUACUUCUUUAAAAAUGACAUGGAAAAUCUAAGCCAUGUGAAAACAUAUUUCAAAUAUUUGACUGUAAAUUAACUUAAAAUUAUUAUACUCACAAUUAUAGUUAUACAAAUCCCUUAUUCACUGCGUACAAUCAUAGAUUUGGAAAAGGCAGUACCCCAAAACUGGCGGGGCGUGAAAAAGGCUAAUUAACUAUCACGGUCAGUGCUUCUUAUUUAUACUGUAGUACACGCAAGGAAGUUAAACAGACUAAAAGCUGAACUUAAUAAGGUUGCGUAUCUUGGGUGGAAAACCACAAGAAGCUGAAAUGCUCUAAAACAGUCUAGAACAGGGGUAGACUUAUCAAGAAUGCAGUAUUGUAGUGCCAGUCUGCUAGAGCAUGGCUGCGCUAAUCGACCACAGAAGUUUAGGUGUGUCAAGAUACUAGAAAAAUUAGAAGGCAGGCUUAUAUAAGAUAACAAGACGAUCAACGUAGCCUGCGUAAUGCGUAAAUGAACCAUGAAAUUAACGUGGUCAUAGUAUAUACUUAUACCACAGGAGGCCCAGGCUCGAUUUGCCCGCGCCCGCCUGUGCCUUCCUUAUAACGAGGGAAGGAAGGAGACAUUGAGACCAAAAUAGCCCGGACUUGGCAUAUGUCACACGAAACUAUCCUCGAUUUUUCGCUUUUAAUGCAUUUCUUUCACGAUUAAUUGAUAUCUCCUGCAAGAAUGAUACCGUAUAACUCUCAAAACAACGAUGCUUUAAUCAAAGAGCUUAAAUUCGCUCUGAAAUCCGUGAGGGAAUAACAAAAUUCGGCCAAAAUAUAUCCGCGUGCCGGGUUUGCUGUGCAAAAAGCGGAAGUCGUUGAAUAACUCAAAAUGCACUCAACCCUGAUUGGACAACGAAUAUCAACAAACAUUUCAAUUUGUUUAACAGUACUGUAAUAAUUUCAAUCAUACAAUAAAAAACUAUUCACAAACGUUAUAUAAAAGUGUAAAUAUUACUGCAUGUAAAUAUAACUGUAGUACGUUAAUAUGUAUAAUAAAUUGUAUUUCACAUUGCAUUUGUUAAAAAAAUUGAAAAGUUUGUUGAUAUUCGUUGUCCAAUCAGGGUUGAGUGUAUUUUGAGUUGUUCAACGACUUCCGCUUUUUGCACAGCAAACCCGGCACGCGGAUAUAUUUUGGCCGAAUUUUGUUAUUCCCUCACGGAUUUCAGAGCGAAUUUAAGCUCUUUGAUUAAAGUAUCGUUGUUUUGAGAGUUAUACGGUAUCAUUCUUGCAGGGGAUAUCGAUUAAUCGUGAAAGAAAUGCAUUAAAAGCGAAAAAUCGAGGAUAGUUUCGUGUGACAUAUGCCAAGUCUGGGCUAUUUUGGUCUCAAUGUCUCCUUCCUUCCCUCGUUAUAAGGAAGGCACAGGCGGGCGCGAGCAAAUCGAGCCUGGGCCUCCUGUGCUUAUACAUAAUUUUAUGACGGCCAGUCAACAAUAAUAACUUAUUAGUUAAUGCCGUUAAUCAUUUUUUGUCACAAAAAGGCGGGCAACCAGUUGCCCCCGCACUGUUAGAGCAACGGGGACCGCUGCCCCCGUGGCUCCGGCACCCCUGAUCUCUGGUGCGCAAACUGUUCCCAAAUGCGAACAAAAGUACUUACUCAGUAGGAGCCUGAUACAUGUUCAAAACAAUGAAAAUCAUAGAUUUGAGGGCACAUUUUGCAAAUUGCAAAAAUUAAAUAUUGCAAACAUUUCUGCCUAAAAAAAUUAAAUGCGACGUUCAGGGGUAACUAAAGUGGGGACCGACGGUCGCAGGCACAUUUUGUAAAACUUUCUGACAACGACUACCAGUGCACGGUGCACAUUCAUGAUUGCGAGUCUGAGCUUAAAAUUCUCGAUUGCUUGGGAAAAAAAUAUAUAAAGCCAUAACUCAAUAAGCCAGCCUACUAAUCGGCAUCUAUAGUGUGAUUCAUGGCUGAUGGCUCAUCACGUCAUGAUUUCACAUGUUGCAUGAAGACAUUUUUCAGGCACAUUUUCAUGUAAUUCUUGUGGUAGCAGUCUCGCAAAAAAGUGAACACCCCCUGGCGACGAUGACCAACUCUGCAGUCUGGUGUGCAAAAUUCUGUCUUCAGCGAGUGUCAAGUGCGCAAUUGGCCUUGAAAGACAAAGGUAUUGAAUGAAAAUUCUUCCAUUUCUAUAGGUUGUUGGCGAUGAAAUUGAUGUAUAUACAGAAAACAUGGAGCAGGAAAGUUAUGACUCGAUUUACUUGUUACUGGAUUCUGUGAGUCCUGGCUACAGCAUGUACAGAAAUUUGGCGAAAGACUCGCUGGAAAGCUUGCUAACUUAAAAACAAUAUACAUGAAUUUCAAUUUAUUUAAUUAAUAAGUAGCCUGCAUGGCAGAUGGUCGGGCAGAAAAUAUCUUCUGUUGGGUUUGGCUACAGUGUAUGUGUUUCCCGUCAUAGUGAUACUGCCCCCAUGUAUACUGUAUUAUGUAACAGUUAAAAAUAAAUGUUCUGUUACUUAAUAUGUAAACUAACAGCACAAUUAAAUCAAAUACUUAAUUAUACUAGCGAUAGAACCCCCUGGAUUCUUUUCCAGAUAAAACCUAUACAGUAUAGAAACAAAUACGGUUACAUGAUGUUUAUUGAUGAAACUUUCAACCAUGUCCGAGUGUACCGUCUGUGUUAGCAUUAUGAACACCAGUCGCAAUGAAUGUUCCGCACGCACGUUUUAUCUUGGCCAAAACAAGUGAAAUAUGUUUAUAAAAUAACAUGUAUAUAACGCGUGCUCUGAUUGGUCGAAACUCGUGUUUGGAUCAGGCCAUCCAAACACGGAAAUUUAAAGUGCCUUCGCGGGAAUUUUAAACAUGUCUGACUCUGAAGACGAAUUUUUUGCCAAAAUUGAUUUGGAGGGCAUUUGUGCAACCGCAGAAAAGAGUGAAACGCGUAAAAGGUUUGCUGAAGUAACCCAGGAGAAUAUUGACGAGCUGUUAAGCGAUGUACAGUCGAAAAAUACGAAGUACAAAACAACAUACGCUGUCAAUGUUUUUAAAGGUACAGUGAUUGUUUAGAUUUAUAAACAAUAUAAACAUUCGCAUUUAAACCGCAAAUGUUGAAAUUCAGUAGCCUACACUAUUUCGCUGUCAUUCCUAUAAUUCUUAUUUGCUUAGAUGUAUUUAUAGAAUGGUCGAAACAGCGAAACAUUCAACAAGAAUUGCACGAAAUGGACGACAAAACUCUUGAUAAAUGUCUUUGUCAAUUUUACGCCGAAGUAAAAAACCAGCAAGGUGAAGACUACAGUAAAUCAACUUUAAUUGGUUUAAAACACGGACUAGAGCGAUACCUGAACUGUCCACCGUACAACAGAGGUUUGAGCAUGUCGUCCAACCCAGCAUUUAAAAUGUCAAACUCCGUGCUGAACGCCAAGAUAGUAUCCUUGAAGAAACAGGGAAAGGAGAAUGUUGUACACAAGCCCGUCUUGGAAGCUGAAGACCUCACAAAGCUAAAAAAUAGCGACGUAUUGAAUGUGUCCACUCCACUUGGUCUCCUUAGAAACGUAUGGUUUCAUGUGUCUUUGUUUUGGUGCCGCAGAGGACGAGAAGGACAACGAAAGCUGACGAAGGAUAGCUUUGUUUUUACCGAAGAUGCAAACGGGGAAGCAUUUGUCACCAUGGCUCACAGUGAAGCGUCAAAAAAUCAUCCUGGCGGUAUUCACGACAACGAAAGCUUUGAAAAUUUGGGAAGGAUGUACAAGACCGAUGCAGAAAACGGACGGCUUCUCAGCUUUGCAGCUAUUCAUUACCAAAUUGCAUCCUUCCUGCGAAGCAUUCUUUCAAUAUCCCAAGCGGAAGUGGAGUCCGGCUGACAAUACUUGGUACGAGAACAAAGCUCUUGGUGUAAACACGCUUGGUAAUAUGAUGAAAACUAUCAGCGAAGCAGCAUCUCUGUCGAAAGUUUUCACUCCGUGAGAGCGACGUCUAUAACAUUGUGGUCCAACGCCGGCUUAACAAAUCGCCAUAUAAUGGCAAUUUCAGGGCAUCGCAGCGAACAGUCUCUUGUCCACUACAAUCAGCGACCAUCGUCACAUCAGUUGAAGCGUUCAAGAGAAGUUCUUUCCGGAGCUCUUGGCGACAAUACGGGGCAUAAUAAACCACUUAGGAAGAAACCUGCAGUCGGAAUAUUCUCACAAACCACCGUGACAAAAACGACAACAAUUGCUUCUUCUGACCUUGGUUCUUCGUCACCUAGCGUCUCGUUGCAAGGAUUGCCUGAUUUCGCCGGAAUGUUUAACAACUGCUUAAUCAGCAGUGUAAACGUGAACUUUAAUCAACAUUUGUAAUUUUGUUAAACUUUUAAACAGAAAAACUUCGUUCUAAAUUUACGUUGUAGUGUUUCACAGUUGAUUGACCUGAUUGUUUACAAAAUUAUAUAGCUUCGUUGAAGGUCGUUCGCCUUGUCGUAAAGUUGGGAGAAUUUAGCAUUGCAACUUGGGAGAAUUUAGCUUUUAUACUUGCGCUUAUUUAAAUAAAACUUGCAAGAAUAUCGUGUUGUUGUUAUUUUAUAAAACAAUUACUUUAUGGUUUCCGUGUUUGGAUGGCCUGAUCCAAACACUUGGGAAUGUUGCUCGAGUUAAGAAAAGCGCGCAAAAUCACUCGCCUUCGGCUCGUGUUUCGCGCGCUUUUCUUAACUCUCGCAACAUUCCCGCGUGUUUGGAUCACGCCAUCCAAACACGGAAACCAUAAAGUAAUUGUAUAUUUCCAACAAGUUAAUGGGCCAUUUGCAUUAUAGACUAAAUUUUGAUCUAAACAAGUCUAGACAAAAAUUUCAUCACAGCUUGAAAGAGCAUCACAAAAUUUGUAAUAUUCCAAAGUUUCGUUGCGAAAUGUUGUAAAAUACGGAUAAUAUAGCCUUCCGAAGUUUGCCGUUUUUCAGUCAUUUUGUAUUACAAACGGGAAAUUGAUGCCCCGACACCCGUUUGGGCUGUUCAUUUCCCUUGCGUAAUACAAAAUAACUGAAAAUUGCAAACUUCGCAAGGCUACGUUAUCCGCAUUUUAGCCUACAACAUUCCCAACGAAACUUUGGAAUAUUACUAAUUUUGUGAUGCUCUUUCAAGCUGUGAUGAAAUUUUUUUCUAGACUUAUUUAGAUCAAAGUUUAGUCUUUGAUGAAAAUGGUCCAUUCUCUAACGCACAACCUCUUCUUAGCAUAUUUCCCCUUUACUGACAGUUAAUGAGGAACAUAUAUGAUCAAUUAGUGCAGGGUAUAGCGGUCUUUGAAAUCCUUGAAAGUCUUUAAAUUUGAAGGAUCGCAGGUCUUUAAGGUCUUUGAAAAGUCUUUGAAUUGCGUGAAAACGCGAAGAACGUCUUUAAAAGUCUUUAGAUUCUUUAGUAAGUGUUUAAUUAUACGUUUUCCUAGCUAAUAAAAUAGGUUGAUUGAAGAGCAAGGUUUUCGCAAUAUCGACGAAAAGGCGCAUUUUAGGAUGUGUUCUGACGGGACUAAUUACCGGGUAACAAUGGCGCUUACACUCGCAAUUUUUCGACAGCUGAUUGCUCUGAAAGUUCUUUGAAAAGUCUUUGAAAGUAGGCAGAAAAAAUCUUUGAGAGUCGUUAAAUUUUUUCGCUUGGGAGACUACGAGCUCUGUAUGUGUAGAUUCAGAGUACCAAGUCAAAUGUUCAAAACGUUUAUUAAUUAUAAUGCAGAGAACAUAAUAUAAUUUGUAAAGAAUAAUAAUAAUAAAAUAAUAAAUAAUUUAUUAAUUUAUAAAGCGCUAAACACUAUAAAUAUUUUAAAGCGCUAUCAUUACAAAUUCAAAUAAAAUGUUAUAAAGUAUGAGAUGAUACCUAUAUAUACAUGUUUAAAAUUUACUAUUAUAUUUAAAGAUAAAAUGCCUUUUUAAAAAAGAAAGGUCUUAUGUCUGUUUUUAAAAGUUUCCACUGUUGACGCCUCACGAAUGUCAGCGGGAAGUUCAAAUUUACUAUUAUAUUUAAAGAUAAAAUGCCUUUUUAAAUCAUAAUUUUGUAUUUUAUAUUCACAUUCAGCAGAUUUGCACAAUGAACUACACCACCUCUAAGUUAACAGGAUUUGUCAGUCUAGUAGCAUGAUCUAAAGUGGUUUACUGGAGGGUGGGGGGCAUGAGGGUUGGGGGAGAAUUAGCUCCUCCCAGUUUGUAUGUUGAAAGAGGCAAUGUUUCCUAGAUGACACAGGCCCCAAGUGAAAACUUUGUAGGUUGGGAGCUUCGCUCAUGUUAGAGCUUCUGGUCAUUAUAUUUUAUAUUAUAUUUAAAAGCUUUACCAAAUAUGGUAGGGCAACCGUUACAGCUUGAGGGCAAUUACAGCGGUCCCAAUAAUACUACUUAAAACACUAAUUAGUAAACCUUGUGGCAAAUCAUGUCAGCCAUAACAUGUCACGUGGAGUGACUUUAUAUCUGAUAAAAUUUAUCCUCAUUAGUAUUCUUUAUAUAAUUGUUCAUCCUAAUUAGUAUGAUUAUAUAAUUGUUUAUCCUAAUUAGUAUUCUCUUGUAGUCGUAUUUUAAGCUAUUCAAAACACUCGUUGUCAUGUUUUAUCAGAUAUAAAACGCUCGGCUGGGCCUCGCACUUAAUAUCUGAUAAAAACUCUCCUACUCGUGUUUUAAAUACUACAUACUAUUAGAUAUCACUAUAACUAUAAUAUACAUACAUUAUUAUAAGAUUAAUUAAAAUAUGAUUAUAGAAAGAUCUAGUUACAAACAACAGAAAACUUCUGUUUCCGUUUGGGCAAAACCACACGCAAUCCAGUAGAGAUUUUUCGUAUAAAUAUAUUAUUUUAAUACAUUCUGAAAUUGAUUAGACUUUGAUUAGGUAAUGAUUAAAGGGUUACACAAUAUCAAAGAUCCGAAAUAUAAAAUACAAUUUGCAAUACCUGAAGAGUGAAUGUCCUAGCUCACUGUCUCGUACAGUGUCUCAACAAUACUGACUUCUUAUUCAUUAAGUCUUACGUUAUGGCCUUGCACUAAAAUAACUUGUCAACGCUUAAUCACUAAUUCAAUCACUUAGCAUGCAAAUCAAAUUGAUUGAAUCAAAUAGAAUCAUGCUAAAUCAAACUAAGGUAAUUAUUAAUAAUACUUAAACAGUUUGUAAACUGUCCGAACCAACUUCCUUUCGGAGGCUACGAGCAGUUUUGCAUUUGCAACAAAUAGUUUUAACCCAUUGAGCGCUAGCACUCUCUCGUUUACGAGUAAAAUCAUCUGGCAUUAGACAGAGUAAAAUAAUAAAGUAGGGUGCAUUGGGGAGCAGUACAACUCAAUGGGUUGCCUAGACACAUGGGAGAUGUUCUGAUUAACCCACUGAAUGCCAGCGCUCUCCCAUUGACGAGUCAAAUCACCAGGCAUUAGACAGAGUAAAAUAAUAAAGUACAGUAGGGUGCAAUAGUUGACCUGCACGAAAGCGGACUUAUAGCCUCAUUAAUAUCAUUAUCGAGACGUAAGCAUAAGCAAAAUCGCUGAUUCCAACUGGUUGCCGCUUUUGAAUUUGCAUGCCUGGGCAAAAUACUUGGUUGUUGCUUGUGAUGUUACUCUGAGUGUAUAUCCACACCGGGCAAGCUUGAAAAAUAUGCCUGACCACAGUGGGAAUCGAACCUAUGACUUUUGGAAUUCUAGCCCAAUGCUCUGCCAACUGAGCUACGCGGUCAGGCCAGCAGGGAAAUAUUUUCUUUGAAAACACUGUCAUCAAAUUCAGUUGGUUUAACAGCACUUAAAUUUUGACUCUUACAGCUGUUAGGCAUUAAUUAACCACAUGUGCUUCACACUUCACAGCCUUCACUGUUACUGCGGAUUCAGGUAGACCGUUUAAUGCGAAUAGUUGUCGCGUUAGUUUUAACAGUUGUACGAUGACGUUUCUAGGCAGAUUUUCGACGUUUCUAAGGCGUGGCUUCAACGUUUAGUUUUAAAAUUUGAACGUUGUAAUUACAAGGUAAUUGCUAAAUAAUAUACUUCAAAAUAAGGUUUCCGUUUUUAUAUCAAUUUUUUAAAUAAGUUAGGGUUAGAUAAGGGUUUAGUUUUGCGUUAAGAUGAUUUUUUCUACGUUAUAAAAACGGAAACCUUAUUUUGAAGUAUAUUAUUUCGCAAUUACCUUGUAAUUACAACGUUCAAAUUUUAAAAAUAAACGUUGAAGCCACGCCUUAGAAACGUCGAAAAUCUGCCUAGAAACGUCAUCGUACAACUGUUAAAACUAACGCGACAACUAUUCGCAUUAAACGGUCUACCUGAAUCCGCAGUAACAAAAUCUAUUCAUGAUAUUUGCUGUUUUUGGUGUAAUGUACUCAGGUGAAUAAGAUGCUUGUGAUGUUACUUUGAGUGUAUAUCCACACCGGGCAGGCUUGAAAAAUAUAGACUCAGUAGACUCAGUUCCGAAAUAUUACAUGCUCGAACCGACCUGACCGCGUAGCUCAGUUGGCAGAGCAUUGGGCUAGUAUUCCAAAGGUCGUAUUUUCGAUUCCCACCGUGGCCAGGCAUCUUUUUCAAGCCUGCCCGGUGUGGAUAUAAAAUCUAUUCAGUUAAUCAAUUUAUUGGAUAUUGGAUAAUAUUAAAUAAUUCUAUGUUACUAAUGUUAGCAACUUAGGUCUUAGCAAUUAGCAUAUCAAAUUAAACUGUAAUAAACGCUUAAGCCUACUAUGCCUUAAACGACAAUGCAUGUGACAACAGUCUCAUUCUUCUCAAAAAACGUCUAUUUAAAGACUAUCAAGAUUAAAGAGUAACAUUCAAUAGUUGCAUCAAUUCAAUUCUGUUCAUGUGAAUCAAGUCAUGAAAGGGAGGUUGUUUUUGGUGCUCAUAAGGUUGUCAAGGACCACAGAAUCACCUUGGUGGGUUUUCAGUUUCUCAAUCAGAGACUUUCUGAAAAAGUGCCAAUCCCCCAUGCCUCCUACUCCACCUGUUGGCCGUUUGCUUACCCAAUAGCGAUUAAUUGCCUCGAUGACAACAGCAUCACCGUUGGCCAAGUUAGGUCCAUUGACUGCAAUUUCAAAUUCUUGAUUAGUGGCAUCUUCCGUGGUGUUUCUCCUCGCGUCAAAGUGAUUCUCAUAUCUGCUAACAAAGGACUCAGGAACACUUUCACAGCUCUGCUUGACAGCACAAACUGCUAGAGACCGCAUGAUCAUCUCUAUAUCUUUGAAUAGUUUUCCAUCUGGAUCCAAAAAUUUCUUGAUGAGUUCUUUAGAAUCUAAUACACAUAACUCGACCGUAUCAACUUCUUUAGUCAAAGCUUCCAGCCUCUCAAGAAAAGUCUUGAACUGUGACUUCAACUCCUCGUUGGGAACAUCUUUGAGACUAUCAACUGGAACAUUUGAUAGUGCUUCUUUGAACUUGGGGAACCCAGUAACUGAAACCUUGCUGGGACUUGCUCCGUGGUCUUUAAGUUUAAGGGCCAAAGAAGGUAAGUCAAGGACAACUCUGGUCUCUUCUAUUACAGCCUUACCUUCGAAACUGUAAACUUUCUCACUUAGUCCAGCAGACAGUUCAUUCACAAGUGUUAAAAGCCUUUGGUACAGUAUGUGAAUCUUACUCUGCAACAUGUCAGUUAUUUUUGACUGACCAAAUGGAGUCAGAUCUUUAGAAUUUUGACUUCCGUGAACAACCUUUAGGUGGAGUUUGUAGUUCUUUCUCAACAUUUCAUUUUGGCACACUCUGCAUUUCAGAGUGACAGUCUCACUGAUGGACUUGUUACACUUCUGCUUCAUGCAACCCUGCUCCAUUUUAUUGUGCUGUUAACUAUGACAACUCUGUUCUGGAAUGUGGAAGGACGGUGCACCCGGGGGAUCUAUUCAAAACAUGCAAGCGAAACACUAAACUUGAACAUUGAUUUAUUUUUGACGGCUUUAUAAGUUUGAAGAAUUAAUUUAUAGUGAAUUUAAGAGAGAUGCCAUUAUUAUUUAUAUUUUAUUUAUUAUAUCGCAAGGAAUAAAUUAUUUUACAAAAUUUAGCAUUGUUUUUCGCCAAUCGCCAGGGUCCGUAAUUUGUAGACGCAUUAGCAGCGUAGACACUUUAUUCGGUGUAUUAUAUUUAUCAGUUGAGGCAGUACAAGAAUAAAUGAAUAAUACAACAUCAAUGAUAUAAUCGUGUUGAACAUUGACAAUAUACUGUAUUUAACUAUUAUGUUGUGUUCUUCAACCGCCAGAUACGUUUAAAAAGUUAGCUAACGGUUUAAACUACAAAAUAAAGCUAAAACAAACGAAUUUUGAGAGGAACUUCCAAGGCCUUAAAAUGUCGGUCGGUCACGGAAUGUGUCCGACCCAUUCGUGAAAUUGUCCGACGUAGAAAAGAAACCACCGGACAUUCUGUCCGACCUAAGUGAAACUGAGGUUUAUUGUUUGUCCGACCCGAGUGUAUUGGUGUCCGACCGAACUGUAGCUUUGUCCGACGUAAAUCAAAAUGUACCCUAGCCCAGGAGGCCAGGACUAGAGGCAGGCUUGUAUGUUAAAUGGAAAAUCAGAGUACUAUUGUAUAAAAGGUCAACUGGAAAUGUUGUUUUAACGUAUAGUCGAGCGCGGGGCGGCGAGCGAAAUGGUGAAGUGGAAAACGGACUUAAGUUGUCGAAGUCUUUUUGAUACUGCUGUUCUGGCAAGUAUGUAUGAAAGAAACAAAUUAUUUAAUAUCUUUACAACAUUUACCGUUUAUUCAUUUGUGUCAUUCAGACUUAUUUCCGAGUCAAAAAUGAACUGAAGGUCAUCGGACAUAUGUCCGACCCAAUCUCAACGUCACCGGACAUUUUGUCAGACGGCCCUGGAAAAGAUAUUUUAAGGCCUGGAGGAACGCCAAAGAAAACAUUUAAAUACUGUUGCUUUUAUAAUGUACCGAUUUAUGUUAGUUUAUUUUUUCUGGUUAUGCGUGCAUGAAUUAGGGAUAAUACAAUCAUUGACAAGACCUUUUUUAAACCAACACAUCCUUUUCAAUAACCCCCAAUUAUUACUGUACACUUUCCUGUUUUGCCUUUCUUGAGACAGCGACCUUAAACAAGCGACGUUUUUGUCAACAUGGACGUCACCCGAAAAUUGGUCUGACUAAUUUUACCCGCAUGUUGCAUCAUAGCGCUCGUAUAAAGAAGCAAAAAAGUUUAAAAAUCUUAUGUUUUGUCAUAUGUGUUGAAGAUUACCACAAAGUGCAUGAUACAAACACAGUUUUUAAUCCAUCCCCCCCCCCCGGCAAUCUGACGUCCGCGUUGACAAAAACGUCGCUUGCUUAAGCUCCCCCUUAACAAAUUGGACGUUGGAGCGAAAGCCCUUUUCCACUAUACUAAGGGAGCGCUCAUUAUUUAUAGCAGGGGGGGAGGGCGUAAACAUAAUUUUGAGUGACAUGAAGUUUGUGUAAAUCAAAAACAAAACAACACAAGGAUUAUAAGGUAAUAUAAAUUUAUCGUCAUUUCCAAAGCAUGACUCACUCAAAUAUUGACGACUAAUAAGCAAUGUCAACUGUCGUAUGUCAAUACAAAAGAGGAUGUACAUCAAUCAGAGUCAUUUUCUUGAUCAUUUCCCGACUUGUCAGGAGGAAAAUGGUGUCUCCAAAGAAUGUACAUGUGCAGACAACAUGAAACUUUACACUGCAUGUAAAUUGCACAAGCAUUUACCAACUGAACUUGCAUGUUGGAACUUGCAUGUUAUUUUAAUUACUUAUUUGUAACUUUAUUUAGUUCGGACAAAUUGCCAAUGGCUCUUUUCGAUCAAAAAACCCCUUCAGAAUUAAACUCAUUUUCUAUUGUGUCGCCUUCAACCGCUCUUAUUAAUAGGUUGUCCUGAAUCUCCUGAUAUAAACUUUUGGCGUGGUCACACCUCACUAAAGCCGCGUUCACACCAGCGGCCCAGGCCUGGCCCGGACCUGGCCUUGACCUGGCCUGGGCCAAUUGUGACGCAUUCACACUGGCUUGACGCCCAACUCCAAGCCAAAGCAAUGAGGCGUCAAUAUAAACGUCCUUGUGUUCCACUAAAGUAUUUAAUUUCGCGCUUUGAAUGUUUUUCCCUCCAAUUGUAUGACAAUCAUCUGACCAGUUUUUAUCGUGGGCAGAUAUUGCGAUGGUAACGGGGCCUCGCCCAGGCCACGCCCAGGAAAAACCCGUUCACACCAGUGAUGAUCGAAGCCCAGGCCAGGUCCAGGCCACCUACAUUUGUUGGCCUGGAUUUCUUGACUUAGGCCAGGCCUAGGCCAGGCUCAGGCCAGGUAAAACCCGUUCACACUUAGACCCAGGCGAGGUUCAGGCCAGGCCUCGGCCGCUAGUGUGAACGCGGCUUAACUUCUCUUUCCACGCUGCAUUCCUUUACCGUGAUGCUAUAAAACAUGAACGUUUCUACUGACUGUCUUUUCAACUUCCGGAAAAGACACUCUAUACUGAUUUCGGUAAUAUUAGGGAGUUUACGCAUGUAAGGCGGCGACGUCAGUACGACGGCUAUACUGACAAUCUGUUUGAAAGGAACAAUUUUAUUGAAAUAUUGUCUUGUAUUUAUAACUUUCGUAUGAAUUUAAUACAGUUUAGAAGAAGUAAAACAGAGCUUUAACCUUCAGAGCGAUUUUGAUCAACUCUGCUAGAAAAAUUGCCUUCCACGGCUUUGAAAUCUAGCGUACUUUGCAAGAUGUGAAAAUAUGCAUUUUGCCGUCGCCAACAAAGCCUGGACGACGUCUGAAUCUCUAGCUAUACUUUUAAUUAUUCAUUUCAAAAUAUGAGCCGUAUUUAUUUCUACCACUGCGAUAAAAUAUUUAGUAUUAUUAUCAACCAUUGCUAUGCAGAUGCUGUGAACUCUGUAUAAAAACUGGAAAGAUAACUCUACUUGUGUUUUGAAAGUCAAAGAUGGCGGAAAUAGAAGCCCGUCUUGUAGGUGCAUGUCAUACGCGGUAAUUCACUGAAUUCAGUACGAAAAAUCGCCAUCAUUUCAUGUCGAAAUUUCAUAAAUUUUCGGCUGACUAUUUUCGAAUUCCCUAAGAAGCUAGAGCAAGUUGUUUCAGAAUAAGCAACUUUUAGAAACACUUCAUCAUAAAAAGCAAAGUUAUUUGACGAAAAAGAGCCGUGGAGAAAAACCAGCAAACUUUUGUUUUUUUAGACUAUUCAUGAGGGAUUUGACCUAAACAGAACUCAUAGUGUGGACUGCAGUUGCGUCAAUCGUACCUUUUUAUUUAGUUUUAGGAUAUUUACCACUAAAAAUAUUGUGCAAAUAUUAAAAACAUCGAUCGGAAAAACUUGCGUGUUUUUACCUACAAGAGAUCACUCAUAGGGCCGAGUUAUCAAGUUAUAUUACCUGGAUUUAUCGUUCUUGAUUUUUAUAGAGUUCACUGGUUAGAUGUGGUAGCUAUGCCUUGUGUAAUGUUUAUGCUUAUUACGAACUCAUUAUGAAUAAUUUACAUGAAUAAUUAGUGGACAUGUAUUUUGUAUAAAAGUCGGUAAACUAAGUUAAUAAAGGGUUAGUCAAUUUAAACUUAGAACGAAGAGUGGACAUUACACCUAGGUUAGACUGUAUGAUUUUCUAGCCAUUGAUAUGUUCUCGACCGGCAGGUCCACAUUACGAUAUUUCACGAACAAUCUCCGAAUAGCUGACGACAUAUUACGAUUACGCAAGCUGUAUAUGAACGGGUUACAAAAACUGUUGAGAAAUACGCACGUGACGCCCCAUGUCCACAAAAACUUUUGGUACAUUAAGUUUUGACCUUGUUUAGACACGUAUAUAAAUCCGCUUAGCAUUGGUAUCAAACAUAGAAAUAGGGAGCCCAAGACGUAAAACAUUGUCAUGGCCGCACGGAUUUGGGAAGGAUUUAAUGCCCACGACACGCGUUUGACGCGCGCGACCCCACGCGGGGGAGCAACGCGGGAUUUCAUCACGCGAAUUUUUCUCGCAAUUUUGAUAUACAAAAACAACGAUGUUGUUAAAGUUUGCAGAAUGAGUAUUAGACCAAAAGACUGGUACACAACUCUAGGUACUCCCAAAGGAAUUAUGAGAAUAACUACCGCAGUUGCUACCCAUAUAAAAACGAUUGAGCAAAACAGUUUUCUCUUCGUGAGCCAAGAGUGGUGUUUUAGCGGAUAAAAUACGGCGAUAUAUCUUUCCGUAGCGACGACUAAACCCAGUGUCAAUAACGAUACGCUGAAUGAGAACUUCGUUGAUAAAUCGCUGACGAUUUCAAGCAGGCAAUCAAUUGUGCCCAUGAGUUCUUUAAUUUUCACCCAAAUGAAAAGCGGUUGAACGAAAAUUCCAACUAGUAGAUCUGUGAAUGCAAGAGCGACUAUCAGCAGGUUGCUUUUGUUUUGAAGCGCUUGGUGGCGAUGAUAGGCAACGAUGACGCAUGUGUUACCGAUGCUCGUCAGAAUGGCAAGUAUGGCAUUCACUAGACAUGCGCUAAUGUCCGAUGCCAUGUCUGUGAUGCUGGUGUUCCCCGUGUAGACUUUGAAGAUCGAUAU